AAAGGAGUGAACUGCAUUUAUGGACAUGUAACUGUAGUGCGAUGUACUGCAAAUAUAGGUAAAGGAGGCUGUCUUUCCCUAAACAUCUCCAAGCUCUUGUCCGGAGGUCAAGUCAAAACUCGAACCAAGCUGUUCUUCAGUUGCGUAGCGGAAUAGUGGAGAGCCGAGUAUUGUUUGGAGAGGCGAUCGCGUGGAUAUCUAGCUCACGCGAUAAUCGUCCGUUGAAGAGAAAAACAGAAGCGAGCAAUUGCCAGAGUAAGAAAAAACAAGCAGCAGGAAUCAGAGCAUACCUUACCUCACCCAAUCCGCUGCCCAUAAAGCAGUGGAGAUGCUGUGCACUUGCCUGGUGAUCGUUGUACUGGCCCAGUUCAUAUCACCAUCAGCACAAGCCGAAGUACAUUGGCGUGCACAAGGCUGGGGGCAUGAGAUUUGCUCACGCACGUGUGGAGGCGGAGUGUUAACACGCGGUGUUCGCUGUGCAAGUUCUAGCCCACCUCACAUGACCGUAGCCGACUCACGGUGCAAUGCUAGCAUCCGCCCACAGUCCUCCAGACCAUGUAACACACACGAUUGCCGCCCGCGAAUAUACCGCAACAAUUGGUCGACGUGUCGCGACUGCUGUCGCAGCCGACGUCUGCAGUGCCGCGUGCGGCAGAACGGCGGGUACAUCAGGAUCGUGCCGGCGGCGCUGUGCGGACUGGAGAGCGAUGUCCAGGUGGAGGUCUGCAGAUACGGCCAUGGCUGCAUGGUCAGCUGGCAGCCGUACUCCUUCCCCUGUUGUCAUCCGCAGGCUAGACAAGGGUAUGCUUGUCUUGAUAGCAACAACAAGUUGAUGCCAGACUGGGUUUGUUUCAAGCUGCAGCGUGUUGGAGGAUUUACACUACCCACGCGACAUGAACAAUGCAACGCGGACGCCACAUGCAGAGAAGACUUCAGCGGAGCAUUUGAUACCAUUGUCCGUGAGAAGGCGUUGGCGCGAUUUUCAGACUCUGGAGCUGCCACUGAUGUCGUUGCCACUCUGAUCUCGGACACGACGAUGACGGCCAACUGCAUCUAA